AUGGUGAAUAACAUGGCAUCAGUAUAUCAUUCGCAGGGAAAGUAUAGGGAAGCUGAGGCAUUGUAUAAGAGGGCUGUUACAUCUAGAGAAUAUCAACUUGGCCCUGAACAUCCACACACAUUGGGAGCAAUGAACAACCUGGCACUUGCAUACAAAUUACAAGCAAGAUACAAUGAAGCAGAAGCACUAUAUAGGAAGGCUUUGGUUGGCUGGGAGAAGCAGCUUGGUCCUGGUCAUCCAGAUACACUGGCUAGUGUGGAUAACCUGGCAUCAGUAUAUGAUUCACAGGGAAAGUAUGGUGAAGCUGAGCAGUUGUAUAAAAGGGCUUUGGCAGGCAGAGAGAAGCUUCUUGGAUUUGAACAUCUGUCCACAUUAAUAACUGUCAACAACCUGGGACUAGUUUACAAAUCACAAGGAAAAUACAGUGAAGCUGAGGCAUUGUUUAUGAGGGCUUUAUCAGGCUGGGAGAAACAGCUUGGUCCUGAAAAUCCAAAAACAAUGACAACCAUGGAUAAUCUGGCAUUAGUGUAUGAUUUUCAGGGAAAAUAUAGUGAAGCUGAAGCACUGCUUGAGAAGGUUUUAUUGAGAUGCGAGAAGAAGCUUGGUUCUGACCAUCCACUUACACUAGUAACUUUGAAUAACCUGGCCAUUGUAUACACCUCAUUGGGAAGAUAUGAUGAGGCUAAGGCGUUAUUUGAGAAGGCUUUGGGAGGCAGGGAAAAGCAACUUGGUUCCAGCCAUCCAAGGACACUGGCAACAUUGAAUUGCUUGGCAUCAAUAUACUGUUUGCAAGGACAGUACAUCAAAGCUAAGACAUUCCAUGACAGAGCUCUGACAGGCCAGGAGAAACAGCUUGGAUCUGAACAUCCAGACACAUUAAAGACUGUGAAUAAUCUGGCUUUGAUGUAUCAUUUACAAGGCAACCAUGAUGAAGCUGAAACAUGGUAUGGCAGGGCUUUAGUAGGCAGGGAAAAACAGUUAGGCCUUGAACAUCCAGAUACAUUGUCAACUGUGAACCAUAUAGCAUGCUUGUACCAUUCAAUGGGAAGGUAUGGUGAGGCUAAGGUAUUAGGCACCAGAGCUUUAGAUGGCAGGAUAAGGCAGCUUGGGUCUGAACACCCAGAUACAUUGAAAACUAUGCAAAAUAUGUUAUUAGUACAUAAUAUGGUUAGUAAGUAG